AUGUACAGCCUCUACGAUGGCAGAGAAGGAGCUUUCAACUUAAAGCGCAGCAAGCGGAAUAUCUAUUGUUUAGAAUAUCUUUGGUGUUUGCUGUAGGUAGAGGCUGGGCUGCAGAGCUGUUCGACCUCAGGAAUAAUCUCGUUGAGAAGGAGCCACCUGUGCACGUGAUAAACCCUUAUCGAGUACGGCUGCAGAGAAGCCUUCAGGCAGAAUGGAUUCAGACCUACUGGUUGAUAUCCAAGAUGAAUCCACUAGCAGUCUGGACCAGCUCAAGCUGUCCCCAAUGGAAGACAAGCAGUGGUCUCAAGAUGACAUGGCGAGUCUAAGCAAGUCUGAAACGGACAUUAGCAAGAAAUUAGAAGAUACAUCGCACCUGAGCGGGGAUGACGCGUAUGAUGACAUCGCCAGGCAUCAGAUUUUGGAGGUGGCAGGUGACGAUAACUUCGGCAGGAAGGUCAUCGUGUUUAGCGCAUGUCGGAUGCCCCCUCACCAUCAGCUGGACCACCACAGGCUGCUCAUGUAUCUGAAGCACACAUUGGACCAGUAUGUUGAGAGUGACUACACCCUCAUCUACUUCCACCAUGGCCUCACCAGCGAGAACAAGCCUUCACUGAGCUGGCUCAGAAAUGCCUACAGAGAGUUUGACAGGAAGUACAAGAAGAACAUCAAGGCUUUGUAUAUUGUACACCCCACUAUGUUCAUCAGGACACUACUCAUACUCUUCAAGCCAAUUAUCAGUUUUAAGUUUGGAAGGAAGAUUAACUAUGUUAACUAUCUGAGUGAGUUGGAGGAUGUUGUCAAGUGUGAGCAGCUGGUGAUACCAACCCGAGUUCGAGACUAUGAUGAGAAGAUCAAAGCCUCCUUGAAGCCAUCAGCUCAGCGGCCCAUGUCGCCCCCCCCCAGCCCGCCUCUGCCCCACCAGCAGUUUGGAGUCUCCCUGUCCCUAUUAAAAGAAAGAAGUUCAGAUAAGGAGGGAAUCCCACUGGUGAUGCGUGAGACGGUCAGCUUCUUAACAGAACAGGGUCUGCAGACAGAAGGCAUAUUCAGAAGGUCAGCCAACGUGACCCUUGUCAGGAAUAUUCAGCACAAAUACAACUCAGGGGAGGCAGUACAUUUCUCUCAGCUGGAGGACAUCCAUCUUGCUGCCGUCAUACUCAAGACAUUCCUGAGGGAACUGCCAGAGCCCCUCCUCACAUACCAGCUCUACAAUGACAUUGUCAACUUCCAUAAUGUUGAUAGCAGCUCCCAGGUCAGCACAAUCCGUAGCAUGUUACAGAGGCUCCCUGAGGAAAACUACGUCUCGUUGAAGUUCCUCAUCCAGUUCUUGGUACAGGUGUCUGCACAGUGUGAGGUGAACAAAAUGAACAACACCAAUCUGGCGGUGGUGUUUGGACCCAACCUGCUGUGGGGCCGGGAUGCUGCCAUGACGCUGAGUGCCAUCGGACCAAUCAACAACUUCACUAGAGCCCUGCUGGACCUGCACAGCGAGAUCUUUAACCCGUAAUCAUCCUGAGACCUGUAAAUGUUUGGAAAAAUUUCACACUUCCCUCUUGGACACCCACUGAGCCCCAAAGCACCCCCCUCCCCCCGCCCUCAACCAGCACUACCGUGUGUGUUAUCCUUUGCACUCUUCAGUGUGUUAACCUGUGGUGUGUCCUAACUGUAAGCCAGCUCAAGCAAAGGAAAAAAGGCAGAGUUGGGUAUCAGUUUGACUGAUCCCAGAAGGAGACAACAGAGGAGGAUGAAAGUGUGAAACAUAAAGCAGGAAGCUGGCUUUCUGCUCUUAGCUUGGGCCCUAUGAAACCAAUCCAGGUGAAGGCUGAAGCUGUAAUGGUACAUCUAAUGGUUUCGGUACAGAUAAAAUCAAAGUAAUCAAAACUGGCCAUCCUUAGGCUCUGCAGUUAGAAUCAUAAAGCAUUAAGACCAAUCAUGAUACAGCUUUAUUGAAUUACCACAAUGGUACAGUUUUUCCAUAGCCAUUCAUUUACACUCAAGUGCUAUACAUGAUAUAAGAGUAAUUUGUCAGGAUAACAGUUGCAUAUUGCAAAUAGUGAUACUUCAGAUUUAAUUAGGAGGCAAGAUGCUUUGGUGAAAGACAUGAUCUUUUGAGACAAAUUUUAAAUAUGUCAGUCU